AGAGAGAAGAUCAUAAAAAGCCUCUUCCAUUGCGGCCAGAAACAACUCCAGGAAAAAUGGGGUUAUUCAGAAGCAUUGUCUUCCUCUUAGUCCUAUACCUGCUGCAAGGGUCCAAGACUUCCCUUGUCCGACUGAAUAACAAUGGCUAUGAGGACAUUAUCAUUGCUAUAGACCCUCAUGUGCCCGAAGAUGAAACACUAAUUGAACAAAUAAAGGACAUGGUGACUACAGCUUCCACUUAUCUAUUUGAAGCCACAGAAAAAAGACUUUUUUUCAAAAGUGUAUCAAUAUUAAUUCCUGAGAAUUGGAAGAAUAAGCUUCAAUACCGCAGGCCAAAACAUGAAAGCUACAAUCAUGCUGAUGUUUUAGUUGCACCACCUACCCUCCCUGGUAGAGAUGAACCAUAUACCAAGCAGUACACAGCCUGUGAAGAAAAAGGAGAACGUAUUCAUUUCACCCCUGACUUUGUACUUGGAAAAAAACUGAAUGAAUAUGGGCCAAGAGAUAAACUGUUUGUCCACGAGUGGGCCCAUCUCCGCUGGGGAGUGUUUGAUGAGUACAACGAUAACCAGCGUUUCUACAGCGCUAAGUCAAAAAAAAUUGAAGCAACGAGGUGUUCCAAAGGCAUUACCGGUACAAAUAAAGUUUAUAAGUGUCAAGGAAACAGCUGUUCAAUUAAUAAAUGCAGAAUUGAUUCUAAGACAAAACUGUAUGAAAAAGAUUGUCAGUUCUUCCCUGAUAAAAUUCAAACUGCAAAGACAUCCAUAAUGUUUAUGCAAGGUAUUGAUUCUGUCGUUGGAUUCUGCAAUGAAGAAACCCAUAACCGAGAAGCUCCAACCCUACAAAACAAAAUGUGCGAUUUGAGAAGCACCUGGGAGGUGAUCAGUAAUUCUGAGGAUUUAAAAAACACCACACCUAUGGUGGCACCGCCCCCUUCACCUGUCUUCUCAUUGCUGCAGAUCAGUGAAAGAAUUGUGUGCUUAGUUCUUGAUAAGUCUGGAAGCAUGAGUACUUCUGACCGUCUAAAUCGAAUGAAUCAAGCUGCAAAACAUUUCCUGCUGCAGACCAUUGAAAACGGAUCCUGGGUGGGGAUGGUGCACUUUGAUAGUACUGCCAAAAUUCAAAGCAAGCUAAUCCAAAUAACAGGCAAUGACAAAAGAAACAACCUCUUGAAGAGCUUGCCUACAGCAGCUAAUGGAGGAACAUCCAUCUGCGCUGGAAUUCAAGCAGGAUUCCAGGUAAUGAGCGAACGAAAUGAACAACUGAAUGGAUCUGAAAUAGUGCUGCUGAGUGAUGGGGAGGACAGCACUGCAAAGAACUGUCUUGCUGAAGUGGAGAAGAGUGGGGCUGUCAUUCAUUUUAUUGCUUUGGGACCAGAUGCUGAUACAGCAGUCACACAAAUGCCCAAUAUAACAGGAGGAAGCCAUCUUUAUUCCUCAGAUAAAGCCCAAAACAACGGCCUCAUUGAUGCUUUUGGGGCCCUUGCAUCAGGAAACACGGACAUUUCCCAGCAGUCUCUUCAGCUUGAAAGUAAGGGAUUAAUCCUCACCAGCAAUCCCUGGCUGAACGGCACUGUAAUCAUUGACAGCACCGUGGGAAAGGACACAUUCUUUCUCGUCACGUGGAGCACAAACCGUCCCAUCAUUUCUCUCUGGGAUCCUAGUGGAAAAUCAAUGGGAAAUUUCAUAGAGGACUCAGUUUCCAAAAUGGCCUAUCUCAGUGUUCCAGGAACUGCAAAGGUGGGUGUUUGGACUUACAGUCUUCAAGCCCAAAGAAACCCAGAAACAUUAACUAUAACAGUUAAUUCCCGGGCAGCAAAUUCUUCUGUACCUCCAAUCACAGUGAAUGCUAAAAUGAAUAAAGAUACAAACAGCUUCCCCAGCCCAAUGAUUGUUUAUGCAGAAGUUCUACAAGGGUAUAUACCCGUUCUUGGAGCCAACGUGACUGCAUUCAUUGAAUCAAGUAGUGGAAAAACAGAAGUUCUGGAACUUUUGGAUAAUGGUGCAGGUGCUGAUACUUUCAAGGAUGAUGGGGUCUACUCCAGAUAUUUUACAGCAUAUUCAGAAAAUGGAAGAUAUAGCUUAAAAGUACGCGCCCAUGGAGGAGCAAAUGCUGUCACACGAAACUUGAGGCAUCCACCGAAUAGAGCUGCAUAUAUACCAGGCUGGGUAGUGGAUGGGAAAAUUGAAGCGAAUCCACCAAGACCUGAAAUUGAUGAGGAUACUCAGACAAACUUGGAGAGUUUCACCAGAACAGCAACUGGAGGUGCAUUUGUGGUUUCAAACAUUUCAUUUCCCUUUCCUGACCUGUACCCACCAAGUCAAAUCACAGACCUCGAGGCCACACCUGAUGGGGAUAUGAUCAGUCUAACAUGGACAGCACCGGGAGAUGACUUUGAUGUUGGAAAAGUAAAACAGUAUAUCAUCAGAACAAGUGGAAGUAUCCUGGAUCUAAGAGACAAUUUUGAUGAUGCUCAGCAAAUAAACACCACUGAUCUGUUACCAAAGGAGGCCAGCUCCAAGGAAAGCUUUGUGUUUAAACGAGGAAGUAUCCCAGAAGAAAAUGCAACCCACAUAUUCAUUGCCAUUCAAAGUGUGGAUAAAAGCAAUUUGACAUCAAAAGUAUCCAAUAUUGCACAAGUAGCUUUGUUUAUUCCUCAAGCAGAUUCUGAUGAAAGCGAUGAUGAAAAUGAUCCUAAUUCUGGACUUAGCAUUUCUUCUUUGGUGUUAAUAGUGGUUGGGUCUGUGGUAAUUGUUAGCAUUAUUUUAAGUACCACAAUUUGUAUCUUAAAAAAGAAAAGAAAUUCAAGCAGACCUGCAACAGGGUUUUAAAAAACAUCAACAACAAAAGUGAAGAACAUUUCUGAAUUUUUAAAAUCAUCCUGUGUGAUCAUGAACUCAUAAAAAUGUUAUUAGUUCUAGAAGGGUUACUUUAAGUAUAAACCUCCAGGGGUAUUUGAAAAAUUGUAAGUCAAUAUUAAAGCUUUAUAAUUUUAUUUACUCAUUAUUUUGUUUA